AUGACAAAACAAACGCAAACAUUUAGUAACUAUUCAGAUAAUCAAUUUAGUGUUGAUAUUAAAGUUUUCGAAGGUGAACGUACAAUGGCAAAAGAUAAUCAUCUAUUAGAAAAUUUCAUAUUAACCGGUAUUCCACCUGUACCACGUGGUGUACCACAAAUUGAAGUUACAUUUGACAUUGAUUCUAAUGGUGUAUUACAUGUAUCUGCAGUUGAAAAAUCAUCUGGCAAUGAAAAAAAGAUACAAAUUCGUAACGAUCAAAAUCGUUUAUCAUCAGAAGAAAUUGAACACAUGGUUGAAGAUGCUGAAAAAUAUAAAAAAGAAGACCAAGCACAACAGGAACGUAUUUUAGCAAGAAAUUCACUUGAAUCAUAUUGUUUUAAUAUGAAAAAUAGUAUUAAUGAUGAUAAAAUUUCAUCAAAACUUUCAAAUGAUGAUAAAACAAAAAUUAAUCAAGUUAUUGAAUCAACAUUAAAAUGGAUUGAAACAAAUCAAUUAGCUGAGAAAGAUGAAUUUGAACAUAAAUCGAAAGAAAUUGAAAAACUUUGCUUGCCAAUCAUGACAAAACUCUACAGUGAUGGACAAUUUACUGAAAGUACAUCGAAAUCACAAAGUAAUGGUCCAACAAUUGAAGAACUUGAUUAA